AUGGACAAUGCUGGUAAUGACCGACAGUGGGCUGACGGUCCAUGUGAGCUCGUGCAUACACCACAAUUCCUGAGUAGGAAGGAUGAUAUAUGGACAAAAGGCGCGACACACAUGGCACUACUUCACAAUGCCAUCCUUCGAGGCUUUAAUAGCAUCUAUCUUCAAGCGCCCCAUGUCAGAGUCGAAGACUAUGCUGCCUUCGUCGGAUACAGUCUCAGCUGGUAUCGGUUUGUCAAAAGUCAUCAUGAUGAUGAGGAAGCAGAGCUGUUCCCGAAAGUCGAUGACAUCUUGGAAGAGCAAGGCAUAUGGAACGAGACACACCAGGAGCACGCAGAGUCGUUCCUUGGAGGCCUUACAGACUUCCAUAACUACCUGAUCAACCUUCCCUCGACCUCGUCGUUUGAUGGCAUCAAGCUUGUUGCCAUCAUGGAUACCUUCAAGGAUCCCUUCACACACCACUUCCACAACGAAAUCUCCACCAUUGCUUCUUUCGCAACCCUACCAAGCGCCCCUCCUGCCAACUCUCCAGAAGCAUUGGCUGCCGCAGCGACGUUCAAAGCAUGGGGAAAGAAAACUCUCACCAAGGCCGGCAUGACGGAUGUUGUCCCCUUUGCUCUCCUCAAUUUGGACAGAACAUUCGAAGAUGGCAUGUGGGCUGCUUGGCCCCCUAUGCCUGGCCCCGUGAGAUGGAUGAUGGUGAACAUGUUUGGUAGCUGGAAUUGGGCUUGGUGGAAGUUUGCGAGUUGUGAUGCGCAAGGCAAUCCUAGAGCGCUGUAUGCGCUCGAGAAUGAGAAGACGUAG